AUGUGGAUUUACUUCAUCUCCAUCAGUCGUGCCAACACAGGAGAAAGUGCAACAUCACCUCCUAAUGCAGCUCUGCUACAUGAUUUUGAAACUUCCUCAGAAUCUUCCACUACUGAUAGUGGCAAGGAAUCUGUUGCGGAUGAUGUAGCUGAUGAGCCUGAAAAACAGAUAUGUCUCAAGAGUAGCAUGAAGAAACCACUUUCAGAUUGCUCUGUUCCAGCUGCACAAGACGUUAAAGCAGAUGAUUCGUCACUAGAAUCACCGAGUAGCACAUUUGGAUUUGCCAAAAGAAGGAAAGUACAGUGGACUGAUGCAUGUGGGAAGGAACUUUUGGAAAUUAAGGAGUUUGAGAUCAGAUAUUCGCUGAUCCUGUCCGAGAGUGAGUCGACGGACACUGGGGAGGUGGCGCUCACAUUACUGUGCGUCAACUGA